UUUAACGAUUUCACAAUGAAUUUCACGCUCUUCUUCACCGCCGUAUUCGCCCUUCUGUUCCCCCUAUCCGUCCUCUCUGCCCCCGUCCAUGUUUCCCGAGACGUAUAUGUACCGGCGGUGAUCCUACCCAAUAGUAGUUCAGUGUGGACUGUCGGCUCUACGCAGACAGUCACCUGGGAUACGUCCAACCCUCCGUCGCAAAUCACGAACCCUACUGGCUCGAUAAGGCUCAGGAAGGGGAACAAGACUCUGUCUACGGACCUCAUCAGCGGGUUCAGUAUCCUUGACGGCAAAGUUCAGGUGCAGGUGCCGAGUGUUGAACCUGGCGAUGACUGGCGGGUUGUCUUGUUCGGAGACUCUGGCAACUGGAGCGGUGCUUUUACCAUUAAAAACUAAAAAGCGGUGUGGUACUUCCAUAACCCCCGCACCAUUUGCGCCCUUAAAACAUAUCUUCCUUGGACAUCUCCCCUUGUACCAAUGCUUAAUUGUAUCACCAAACAAUGAUACGAGUGGGUUUAUAGCCCUACAUAUAAUGAUGGGACGGACACGAUUUUUGGACAUUAUCUCAGUGUAUAAUCUUGUUGCGUAGUUGUACCGUUUGAGGACUUACUUAGUCUACUUACUUGGCGUUGUAAUAGUUUUGAUGACAUUUAAUGACUUUGUUAAAGGUGA